CCCCCGAAAGUACCAGCACCCGUCCUCCACUCCCGACACACUCACACUCUCUCUUUCCCUUGCCCUGUGCCUGUCUCUCUCCAUUCUACCAAGUAGCCGGCCAGAUCCUUUCUCUCUCUCUCGCUCUCUCUCUCCUGCCCUGUCGACAUCCAUCAAGCGUUCCACGCCUUUCUCCCUCAGCCUCCAAAGCCGUGCCGUCUGCCGUUACUGCUGCUGACCGUCCGUGUCUCUAACAACAAGUUCCCUGGGACAUUUUUGGAAACUUUUUCCUCAAGACAUUUCUUUUUUUUCCUUUCUCCCUGGAGACGCCAGUGCAUGUGGUGCUGUGUGUGAAAGGGUCUAGUGUUGCUCUUUGCCCUGGGGGUCUCUGUACACCAUUAACCAGAGGAGAAGACUACUUGACAUCAUGAUCAAAGUUCAGCGGCUGCUUCUGCUGGCCCUGGUCGGCCACCUCUGUGCCGUCGCACACGCAAGCACACUGGUGACACCAGUAGAGCUGGUGACAGAUUCCCCUGCUGUUCCCGAGGCCACCGAGGCCCUCAAAGAGGAAGAUCCCGUAGUCACCCAUGCCCCUUCAGCUGAACCCGAAGCUACGGCCGAGGAUGUCGUAACGGACACUCCUGCCGCCGAGGAUGUCGUAACGGACACCCCUGCCGGAGAAGAAACCGCUGCUACUGAGGCUGCUGCCACGGAGGUCGCUCCUGUGGAGACCGAAGCCCCUGCCCCUGCCACUGAAGCUGCCAAGCAGGAGGCGGCCACAACUAACGCCCCUGCCAUCCACACCGAGGCCCCGGCUGUGCCCGAAGCCGAGGCCACGACAGCUGCAGAGGCUAAGGAGGCGGUGGAGGUGGAGGAACCAGAGGAGGGUAUGGGCUCUGGACAAGUGGUUGGUAUUGGGAUUGGUGCAUUGGUGGCAGUGAUCAUUGUCAUCGCCGUGGUGAUCGCCGUGGUGAGGAGAAUGGGCAAAUACUCCCCCUGAGGAGAAAGGCUGCAAGACAGGAAGUCCCCAAAAAGUUCUGGCAAUUCUGAUCUAUGUAACUUCCUGUCAUUAAACAAGCAUUCUACCAGCACUCUAACUUAACCAGGAUCUUGGACUGUUGACAAAAGGAGGGGAAGGUGUGUGGGGGAGGAUGUUUGCCCACUUCUCCUCUUCUCCCCCAAUCCCAAGACGGAGCCAUUGACAUCAACGGUCCUGUACAACCACACAGCAAACCCCCAUACCAACAACCAAACUGAAAAAAAGGUUGCCCACAAGAUGUCAAAGUGAAUUUCAGGGUCUUUCAUUUGGAUUUGUAAAAAUAAGGGAGUAAGGGAUUAUCUCACUUUUGGUAGAAAACGCUCUCUCUUAUGCAAGGGUGUGUACAUUAACACAGAUGUGCAUUAGAGUUGGUGAAGAGGACCUAUACAAGAAAAAAUGGGAAUAUGGAAAAAAGGAGAUGGGAGAGAAUGUUGUGAAUUCCACGGGGUGUAUAUACCAUGCAAAGGGACUAUAGUUAUUACUUUAUCAUAUGUUGCAGUUGCUCACUAUAGCAUUCAGUAUAUGGAACAUUGCAAAGCAGCCAAAGGCUAUUGUGGCCAAUGGACCUAACUGAAAAUCCCUCUGAAAAACCAACCACAUUAGUAUUUUGUCACCUUAACACCUAGCCAAUGAGUCCCUCACUACAGAAAUGUUCCAACAACUAUAUGAAGCACUGUAUGCAGAAGUUGUUUCGACAUUGUGCUCAUGUCCUGGGGGUUAGCGAGGGGCCAAUGAAAAGACGGCUCAUUUGCAAGUGCAACGUGACAUUCUGCCAGCUUUAACACUGACAUAAAAACCUAGUACAUAUCUGUGAAAUUUAGCAGAAGGGUUUGUGCCACUGUCUCUGGUAUUCCAUGGAUAGUUUGGAGAUGUUACUAUUGAAGUACAUUAAUGUGAAUUGACUGUACUUUAACUGCCACCCAUUCCAAUAGGACAGUUUUGACGACUUCAGGUUUCACCAAAAAAUGUGUUCCAUGUACAGGUAGUGGUUAUUAGCCCCCAUUCUGCUAGUAUUGUCUUUUAUAAUGUAUCCACCGUACUUCUGCUUACUUUAGUUGGGAUAGAGUAUACCAAGCAAAAAUACACACACAUUUUCUUUAUAACCGUUAGUAGUCAUUAACGGGUGUAAAAAUCAUUCAGUCUCAGCUUAGCUCCGCUUGCAUUAAGAACUCAGUUAAUAAGUGCACUGAAUGAGUGAUGAUAAUUGUUUAAUGAAUCCGCUUUAGACACUGCAAUCGUUUGCGACGACAUUUAUGUUCUGCUUUUGCUCCAUAUUAUCAACUCUAGGUCUUUCAUUUUACUGUCUGAUUUCUUCAAGUCCUUUUAUUUAAUUGCAUUGUGUUUGUUCAUACGGUUUCAAUAAAAAAGUGAAAACACUCCACAAAUAUA